UUAAGGCAAGUUGGUAAUGGCUCCUUUUUUAGGGCGUUUUUCUGUAUGUACAGGCGAAAAGUGUGAUUUUUAAGGCGAUUUUGGGUAAGCAUUUUUAUGAGUGUACUUAAGUUAAAAAAAAGGAAAGCCAAUAAAAUAUGGAGGCCGCAGCGGAUACGACUUCCUCUAUGAUAAAAGUGAUAAGAAAGUAGAGAGUAUAUAUAAGCAGAGGCCCCCAAUUGCUCGGCACACAGUCAAGAUGCAGAGCUUUCUUGGAGUAGCACUCGUUCUGGCUCUUCUGAGCCUGGUGGCCAGUCAGGCGAGGAACAGCUCCCAGUCCAUGGACCUCUACCUGCUCCAGAAUCAACGGCAGUACGACGCGAAGCUCAAACAGCUGGCCGACGAAUUAGCCAACUUUAAGCAGCUCUUUCAGAAGCAACUCACUGCCCUAGACGUGCAAGCGGAUUCGAUGCAGCUUAAACUGGAACAAGCCACUACCCACCUGGAUCCCAUUAUCCUGAUCGACUCCUGGAGCAAACAGUGCGUUCGGAAAUACAGAGUUACUAUACCCACGAUCACCGUGGCCAGGGACUCCAUUAUAAAGUGCAAGGAGGGUAUUAGUGGCAUUUUGGACGGACCUGAGAACGCCUACAACAACCUAAAAAACUACUAUAAGAACAACGUGAAUGGCGGUUUGGAGCAAUGUCUAAGUCAGCAUCCCCAUGAUCAGUUGAAGUACACGCUCUGUGUAAGAAAUGUGAUUGAUUAUGCCAAUAAGUACACUAUUUCCACCGAGGAUGCCUUCUAUACCAACCUCAAAGAAUCCGAGUGUGCGGCUGAAAAUCACAUAAGAUGCUCCUGGCAGUGCUCCUUUGGAGAGGUGUACUCCAUUACCACCAAAGUAGAACAGGCCCUGCAAUCCGUCGACACCUGCAUUUCCAACCAGAUAGUCUGCGGCGCAUCUGCAAAGCAAGAGUGUCCGAAUAAGGCAUCCAUAAAACUGGCGCAGAUUCAUCCUGGAUACGAAACUAUCCAGAACCCCUUCAAGGCUGUGACCGAUGAUAUGAAUUGUCUGGAGUUCAAGAUCGAGAGAGGAUGGAUUGCUCCAGCAUAAAUUCAAU